ACACUAAUAUAAUGGUUUAAGGAAGGACUCUUAUGCUGAAGGUGUGCAUGUGUGAGUCUUGUGCUGCCGCUGAUGUCUGUGGUGUUCUUCUCAACAGCAGCUGCGCACUCAUAAACACAAACAUGUCCGCGGUGCCUGACGGCAAAAAGCUGGUCCGGAGCCCGAGCGGACUCCGCAUGGUACCGGAAAACGGCGCAUUCAACAGUCCAUUUUCCCUGGAUGAGCCGCAGUGGGUUCCGGAUAAAGAGUGCCCCAGAUGUAUGCAGUGUGAUGCUAAGUUUGACUUCAUCACCAGGAAGCAUCACUGCCGGCGCUGCGGUCGGUGUUUCUGCGAUAAAUGCUGCAGUCAGAAAGUGUCUCUGCCCAGGAUGUGUUUUGUGGAUCCGGUGAGGCAGUGUGCGGAGUGCAGCCUCAUUUCACAGAAAGAGGUGGAGUUUUACGACAAACAGCUUAAAGUGCUCACUGCCGGAGGAACCUUCGGGGUCAGAGUGGGUUCCUCGGAGAAAUCGGAGACCAUGGUCUGCCGCUUGUCCAAUAAUCACAGAUAUCUCUUCCUAGACGGUGACAGUCAUUUUGAGGUGGAGCUGUCUCGCAUUUCCAGUAUGCAGGUGUUGACUGAGGGCUCGACUCCGGGAGAGAAAGAUAUAUGCUCGUACACGAGCUUGCUGGACAAUCAAAUAUCUGAAGGGGGUUCUCUCCGUGCCAAUGGCAUGGUGCUUCAGUACAAGCCACCAGGAUCUCAGAACCUCCAGGAUCUCUACAUGGACACUGCUGAUGACAAGCGCGCCGCAUCUGCCUGGCUUGUAGCUAUGCACAAAGCUGCCAAACUGUUGUAUGAGUCAAAGGACCAGUAAAAUGACGAUGGGAAAAGCACGGAGAGGGUUGGACGGAACAAAAAGGAGAGAGAGAGAAAGAAAGAGAGGGAGGUCAAACCAAGUAUUAUAUGUUAUUAAUUUUUACAUGUACUCUAAGAUGCUUGUAUGAUUUCUAUUUAAUAUUUGACUUCAACUCCCCGUUGAGACAGACCAGAUUUACUUACAACUUCUCCGUCUGUGCCAAGUGGAGGACCAAGUUUUCCGACGAUUCUCGUGCAAUAUGGACAUGUAUGAUAAUAUAUAAACACAUCAUUUAACAGAUGCUUUAAGUGUAGUCUCGCGUAUCGAAGUUUUGUAAACAAAAUAUAUUUUGUCAGAUAUUCUUAUUUUAACACAAAAUGUUGUGUAUCUACUUUUUACUGCCCGAGUAUUUACAAUAUGUAGUCUUUUUUUCUUUCUUAACAUAUUUGAAACACUUUUGGAAUUGUUUUCCUACACUACAGAAUGACGUUUGAGGUCUUAGUUUGUUGUAACGUGUUUGCGUCUGCAGAGCAAGAUUUCUCUUUUUUUUAGAAAACUGAAGAUCAGCCAGAUUGCCUGGACUCAUUUUAAACUUUGUUCGAGGUCAUCAGGUUUUGUUUGCCAAUUUUCGAUUUUCAAUGUACACCAAAUAAACAUCUUCAGUCCACAACUGA